ACAAGGAAAAUAUUCAAAAGUGAAAACGUUGACAAAGUCUUCGAAGAACAAAGGUACGAUUGGUUACCUAAUCUACCCGAUCUGAUGUUUUUAGAAGACAACUCUAAGAAGACUGAAGAUAUUUUAUUGGAUUCUUACUACUAUCUUCAACAAGUUGCAGUUGGGUUGGAACAAGUGAUUUGGGAUCAGCAAGAUAGACCCGGCCAUUUUCCUAGUGAAUUUAAAGCACAGCAGAACUACCUGAUAAUAGUACUAUGUGAAAUCCAAAUGUAUAUCAACGACAUGAACAUUAAAAUCAAUAGAGAUGCCGAGAGGAGCAUAAUGCCUGAAUCACUUAGAUCUGUUGAGAGUGUGACAGAGAGCAAUGUUAGGGAUUACAUCAUUCUCAGAACUUACGAAAAUACCCUGGAACAUGUCAAGAAGGUGUUCAGCCACUUGGCGAGCAAAGUAUAAAUGGUUGUCAAUAGUGUUUUUGAAAAAAUAUAAGAAGAGUAUUGAGACAAUGGAAUUCAGUCUACAGUUGGAAAGAUGACUUGAGAAAUCAUGUUUCUGUUAAUUGUGUAUAUGACGACGGAAAUUUUGCGAUAAUUUCUUAAUCGGCUCUCUAAUAAUGGUUAAAUUUGAUGAGUGUUGACCUAAAAUUGUCAAGAUUUUGGAUUUUGGGAAUAGUGAACGAUAGUUAUGUGACCUUUUGAAUUUUGCAAAAUUU